UGCACCUCCCACCCAGGUUCUCCAGCCCCGGCAGCUGUGCUCGCGGGGGGGAAACUGAGGCAGGGAGCGUGCUUGUGAGCUCGUUCCUUCCUUAGUCCACACCCCCACAAACUGCGAAGCUCCCGUGCCCUCCUGAGACCCGCAAGGAGCAACAGAGAAGCACGGGAGGAAGGGGAGGGGGCCGAAAGCAAGCAGGGUCUGUAGAGUCGGCCUGUCCUGCCACACUCAAGAUGGCGGCUCGGCAGCGGCGAGGUCCCUCAGAGGCGGUACCAGCGCAUGCGCAGCGCGGAGUCCCGGCCCGGGACACAAGAUGGCGGCAGCGGCGCUGGGGAGGGCGAGGCGGAGGCGGCAAAACAGGAGGUCUAGCAGAACGUGUAGCCGCGUCCCCUCGAGUCCGCUCCGGGCAGUUGCUGAUGCAAGGAAUUCCCUGGGCCCCCGUCCACUCCACUGCUGACCAGCCCACCCACCUGUGCUGAGCCUUCCUGCAGGCCUCCCCCCUGCUGCUGUGGGACCCUGUGACGUGGGGGUCCAUCCGGUCGGAGAAGAAAACCCUCUCAUGCUAGCGUUGCAGACCCCAGAGGGUGAGAAAAAGAGGGACCUUUUUCAGGCUUGAGACGUAUGGGCUCAGCCCCAAGGCACCGGGAAUCCCUCCUCCCCAGAGAAUCAAGCUUUUUCUCCCCUCGGUCCGGUGUGGGUGCUGAGAUGGCCAAUGAGAAUCACGGCAGUCCCCGGGAGGAAGCGUCCCUGCUGAGUCACUCCCCGGGCACCUCCAACCAGAGCCAGCCCUGUUCUCCAAAGCCCAUCCGCCUGGUGCAGGACCUCCCAGAGGAGCUGGUGCAUGCGGGCUGGGAGAAGUGCUGGAGCCGGAGGGAGAACCGUCCCUACUACUUCAACCGAUUCACCAACCAGUCCCUGUGGGAGAUGCCCGUGCUGGGCCAGCAUGACGUGAUCUCGGACCCUUUGGGGCUGAAUGCGACCCCACUGCCCCAAGACUCAAGCUUGGUGGAAACCCCCCCGGCCGAGAACAAGCCCCGAAAGCGGCAGCUCUCGGAAGAGCAGCCAAGCGGCAAUGGCGUGAAGAAGCCCAAGAUUGAAAUCCCCAUGACACCCACAGGCCCAUCGGUGCCUAGCUCCCCCAGUAUCCCAGGAACCCCAACGCUGAAGAUGUGGGGGACAUCCCCUGAAGAUAAACAGCAGGCAGCUCUCCUCCGACCCACCGAGGUGUACUGGGAUCUGGACAUCCAGACCAAUGCUGUCAUCAAGCACCGGGGCCCUUCAGAGGUGCUGCCCCCGCACCCCGAGGUGGAGCUGCUUCGCUCCCAGCUCAUCCUCAAGCUCCGGCAGCACUACCGGGAGCUGUGCCAACAGCGAGAGGGCAUCGAGCCCCCUCGAGAAUCUUUCAACCGCUGGAUGCUGGAGCGCAAGGUCGUGGAUAAAGGCUCUGACCCCCUGUUGCCGAGCAACUGUGAACCAGUCGUGUCACCUUCCAUGUUUCGUGAAAUCAUGAAUGACAUUCCCAUCAGGUUAUCUCGAAUCAAGUUCCGGGAGGAAGCCAAGCGCCUGCUCUUUAAAUACGCAGAAGCUGCGAGGCGGCUCAUUGAAUCCAGGAGUGCGUCCCCCGACAGCAGGAAGGUGGUCAAAUGGAAUGUGGAGGACACCUUCAGCUGGCUGCGGAAGGACCACUCGGCCUCCAAGGAGGACUACAUGGACCGCCUGGAGCACCUGCGGAGGCAGUGCGGCCCCCACGUGUCAGCCGCAGCUAAGGACUCCGUGGAGGGCAUCUGCAGUAAGAUCUACCACAUCUCCCUGGAGUAUGUCAAGCGGAUCCGGGAGAAGCACCUUGCCAUCCUCAAGGAAAACAACAUCCCAGAGGAGGUGGAGGCCCCAGAAGUGGAGCCCCGCCUGGUGUACUGUUACCCAGUGCGGCUGGCCGUGUCUGCACCCCCUAUGCCCAGCGUGGAGAUGCAUAUGGAGAAUAAUGUGGUCUGCAUCCGGUAUAAGGGAGAGAUGGUCAAGGUCAGCCGCAACUACUUCAGCAAGCUGUGGCUGCUUUACCGCUACAGCUGCAUUGACGACUCUGCCUUUGAGAGGUUCCUGCCCCGAGUCUGGUGUCUCCUCCGACGGUACCAGAUGAUGUUUGGCGUGGGCCUCUACGAGGGGACAGGCCUGCAGGGAUCGCUGCCCGUGCACGUCUUUGAGGCCCUCCACCGGCUCUUCGGCGUCAGCUUUGAGUGCUUCGCCUCGCCCCUCAACUGCUACUUCCGUCAGUACUGCUCUGCCUUCCCGGACACAGACGGCUACUUCGGCUCUCGCGGGCCCUGCCUGGAUUUCUCCCCGCUGAGUGGUUCCUUUGAGGCCAACCCUCCGUUCUGCGAGGAGCUCAUGGAUGCCAUGGUCUCUCACUUCGAGAAACUGCUCGAGAGCUCACCAGAGCCCCUGUCCUUCAUCGUGUUCAUCCCCGAGUGGCGAGAACCCCCCACGCCGGCGCUCACCCGCAUGGAGCAGAGCCGCUUCAAACGCCACCAGCUGGUCCUGCCUGCCUUCGAACACGAGUACCGCAGUGGCUCCCAGCAUGUCUGCAAGAAGGAAGAAAUGCACUACAAGGCCGUCCACAACACGGCCGUGCUCUUCCUACAGAACGACCCUGGCUUUGCCAAGUGGGGGCCGACGCCUGAGCGGCUGCAGGAGCUGAGUACAGCCUACCGGCAGUCAGGCCGCAGCCAUGGCUCCGGCUCCUCCUCCUCUUCCUCCGAGAACAAGGACCGGGACUCGGGCCGAGAACAGGGCCCUAGCCGCGAGCCUCACCCCACUUAACACAUCCCGCGGGGAGGAGGAGCCCCAGGGUGCUGGUAUGGACUGCUGGGACUCAGGCCUCUUGGGGCUGAGCAGACCCCAGGACCCUCCCCCUGAGGUGGCAGCAGGACUCAGGCUGCCAGUGUCAUAGGAAGAUUAUGGCUCUGCCAGGGCUCCCCCUCCCUGCCCGAUCCCCCAACUCCUCACCUCAAACUCACUCCAACUCCCGUGUAAAUAGGUCCUGUCCCUUCCCUUCCUCCCCCCAAUCCCUACCAUCUUAUCGCCAUCUUGUUUCAUUUGUAAAAGGAAAUACAGAAACCCCCCUAAGAAUGUGUGAGGGUCUUGAGGGCAGAGAAGGCGAGAACCUGGAGCUAGUCCUGGAACCACAUCCUCUGUAUCCAGGCUCACCUUCUUAUGACCCCCUGGGGCCUUCACACUCCAGCCCAGGGCUCCAGUGUCUAACUUCUUGCCCUGCUGGCCCCAUAACUGGGUCUCUGGUGGCCUCUGCCUGUGUCUAGCCAGUCUGGAGUCCAGAGUCCUGCGUCUUAUCUGCAGGCCCCAGACUCCCACAGCCAGGCCAGUACUCCUACCUCCAGGGGGCAGAGGACUGGGGGCUGUGCCCAGGCAGAGAGCUAGACUCCUGCUUGACCUGGAGCGGCCACAGGGAGGGGGCAGACAGCUAGGAUUCACAGUCUGGGGUCAGUAGGAAGAGCAGCUCUAAGCCACCAUGGGUUUUGGGGUAUGGUCUCCAUGCCAAUAGGCUGCUGACAGUGCGACCCUCUGAGGACCUCUAGGCAUGGAACAGAUGUUCUUCUGGGGCCCAGGAGAGGGGGAGGAAGUCUGAAGGUGCUCAAGGGGGUUCUUACCAGCUCAGCCAUCUCUCCCAGUAUCAGGCCUCUGCCCUACGGGCCUGCCCUGCCCCACACUUAGGCAGGGCGGGCCACACUGUGGGGCUAGGCAGCUCUCAUGAGCUGUAACAGGCUCUUCCUUCCUUCCAUUUCCCAAGUCCUUGCGGACAAAAGUAAGAUGGUCAGGACUGGACUCUGGUCCCUUUAUUGAGACUGAGGGGCCAGUGGGUCCAUCCAAACAAAAAUAAAUUUCUCUCCCCAAAGCCUGCCUGCAGGCUAGGGCACCCAGCAUGUCCUGGCUGGGGCCCACGGUUGUCCCCUAAACCCAGCAGCACAGGUCCGGCUCUCUUAGAGUGACAGGAUACCGGCUGCUCAGUGUCUGGAGACCCUAGGUGGAACAGGGAGGUGAGUCCCAGUGGGUCCUCCCCCACCCCCGCACGGCUGGCCCCCCAUAUCCACGGUCUGUGUUGGGCCCGCGGGGCUCAGUCAUCGGUCAGGGUGAUGACGUCGUACUCGAUGCCCUGGUGCUGCAGCUGUUGGAUGUGUUCAGGCACCGCCUCUUCUGCGCCGAAGAGGCCCUGGGCUUGGGCCAUGGCGGCAUCGGCCACCGCUGCCAGGGGAGGGGAGAGGACGGUGAGCCUGAGGCCCCAGAAGCUAGGCCUGGGUCCCCAUGGUCGUCAGGCUCCCACCCCAUACCUGUGACGGCUGAGUGUGCAGCAGCCUCCAGUUGGGCCUGUGUGACCAGCUGCUGGCCUGGGGACACAGGCACAUACUGGAUCUAGAGUGGAGAAACCAAUGAGAUAUGGCCUUGGAGGAGCUCUGCCUGUGCCCCAGCUCCAUCUGCUCCCCGCCAAAGGCCCUACCUGGGACUCCUGAAGGAAAGGGGCCCCUUGUUCGUACUGGAUGUGUGUGAUCUGGCCUUCCUGUACCUGGAGGGAGGAAGGCGACAUGAUGAGCGAGGAGGCUAUACGGUCCUCACCUCACUCCCCACCCCUGCCCAGGCCUGACCUACCUGGAUAUGAUGGCCCUCUGGAACCACCACAUAUUCCUGGGGGAGCAGGUGCUGGACCCCAUCCUGGGAGAUGAUGUACUGUACCUGGAGAAGGGUGGAGCAGAGGCAGGUGCUGAGGCCAGGAGCUCAGCGAGGAAGACCGAGCAGGGGGCCAGGGACACCCACCUUUGACGGCAGCUGCAAGCACGGACCCGGGGAGAGGUGGUUUGGAAAGUGCGGUUCCUCCCCGAAGCGGGGCCUAGGCAGGUGGAGGGAGGGCAGUGCUGGCCGAGGUGCUCACCUGGUUGUCGGAGGUCACCAGAUGCUGUACUGUCUGGCCGUCCGCAGUGGUGAUCUCUUGGAUAUAGGUGGCUUCUUCCUGCCAGGACCAAGCCAGCUCUAGCCUCACUUCUGUGUGCUCCCACCCCAGCCUGUGACCUCCCAGCCCAGGAGCUCACCUGAUUGGUCACUGUCUGCUCUUGGGCCACAAUAAUGUGUUCCUGGCCCAGGGCCUGCUGCAGCCGCUCUGGGCCCAGGACCCCAUGGCUGGACUGGAGUGCAGCUGGGCAGAGAGGGGAGGGUGCUCACACAGG